AUGAUUACUGUGGGCCCCAAUAACUGUUUUAAUUCUCUCGAGGCUCCAAUAUCGGUGCUCAGGGUGAGCGUUGCAAUAAAAUGGCGAAAGAAUCGCAGAACGAAAUCAAUUCUCGACGAGAUGAGUGUUUGUUAUAGUCCCGAUAAACGUUCCAAAAUGGACAAAAAGUCCCUCACCCCUUUCACAAAGGUGCGCCGCAAAAACUGGCAACAGGAGGCGGUCUUUAAGAGUGAUCGCCAAAUCCCAGAGCAUUCCUACUACGGUGAAAGGUUCAUACCCAAGCGCUUUGACCGGGAGAAUAUGGAUUUAAAUCUAAAGUACAUUGGAGAGCAAGAGGAGCGAGAUAUUCUGGAAACGGGCGUCACGGUGACGGAUAGUUACUGGCGGCAGAGCAGCUUCGUUUCCAAUAUGAAUCACAUUUUUAAUAUUCAGGACCGCCGCCUUUUACAGUUCAACAACCUGCAGGGUUCCAGGGUAAAAGGGGGUGCCAGCAGUUCCAUAGAUUCCGACUGGCCCUGUGAUCCACGUGCGCGUCCCUACAGCAUCCAGAAUGCCACACACGAGAUGCCCGGCAUCUGCUACCCCAUCGACAACAAUAUGAUGGACUGGUCUGUUACCGAUCAAGUGGCUAUUUCCUCCAGCCAGGAUAUCAUGCUGUGGCGCAACCUAGACGAGAAGACCAUGGUUUUCAAGCUGGAGUCGCCGACAUCGCUCAAGUACUCUCCAGAUGGCAAGCAUUUGGCCAUCGGUUGCAUGGACGGCAGCUAUCCAGUACUGGACUUCUGGGAGAUAAUGUCUGACAUGGAGUUCUUGGUUACCUUUCGCAGAUACUUUAUGAAGUCCAUGGGACACAUUUGCUGUAUCGAGUGGUCUCCCAACGGCGAUGAGAUCUUCUGUGGUACCAACUGCGGAGUGAUUAUUGUCCUCACCUAUCCCAAACUAAAGUCCACGCAGAUCCGCGAACACCGUCACCCCAUUACCAAUAUUAAGUUUGACCCAAUCGGGAAGUACAUUGCCUCCAGUGAUACAAAUGGAACUAUUUUCAUCUUCGAUGCCUUUUCAAAGAAACGGCUGCUCAAGCUGGGCUGUAGAUCUGCGGUUUUUGAUUGGCAUCCAUGGACCGGCGAGGACUUGGUAAUUGCUGAGCGUCGUCCUGCCUCUAUUUUUAUAUUUAACAUGACGAGUAGAAAGUUUGUGGCUUCGUACAGACGAAAGGACGACAGGAUCUUUAUUAAGGCCGUUACAUUUAGCAAGAUCACGGGAGAGUUGCUGGUCAAUAUCAUUCGAAAGGAUAAUAACAUGAAUCUGGUGUGUGAAAUCCUGGUGCUUGCUUCGUUGAAUCGAGUGGUUGACUUGUUGUCGCAUCAAAGCCGCGGGACGUUGUUUUUGAUGUGGAGUCCAGAUGGAACCAAUAUAGCCACAGGUGGCCUUGACGAGACAUUUUCCCUGUGGAAUUUCAUUCCCACACACAAGAAAUACGCCAUACUCCGGAAACUUCAGAAGUCCAAAGAAAAUUGUAGCUCUUUGUGCCUGUUUAAAGGUAUGCGGUGACCUGUUAGGA